AUGCCAGUCAUAUCAGCAUAUUCAUCUAGUGGCAGUAGAUACAUUCAGCCGCCUUCCAGUUCAUUAACAAGAUCCAACUACUCCGAUCGCAUAUAUUAUUCACCAUUACUGAGCAGUAAUAAGACAUACAGUAUUAGCAACAGUGGUCUUUAUCGCAAGAGUACUUAUCGUUUUGAUUCACCGUUUACGUCAACUACCUCAUCUCCGCUUUAUCAUCGACGUGAAGAACGUGAUUAUAGCAGCAAGAAUCGUACAAUCAGCAAAAAUUCAGAAGUCACAUCUGAUUGUCUUAAAGCCACUGUUGAUACCGACGAUCCCAACACAAACGGUAAUAUCGAUAGUAUAAAAAACAACGAACGCAGAACCACUAACAGCAACAGAUCCAGUAGAUAUUCAUCGACGGUCAGCAGUUACGCACCGACCAGCCUACGAAACAGUGGUAACUACGUUUCGAAUCUACGUAACACAGCGUUAAGUGGAGCGGAAAUUUAUCAACGCUAUAGUAUCUCUACUUAUAAACCUUCAUCAAGCGUUGCGUCACGCAUAACGCAAUCGAGUUUAAAUUACACCGGAAGCUUACAAGAAAAUUCCAAUUUGAACAAAGACUCAUCGCUAGUUGUUUCUCCCGAAGAUAGACAUCAUUAUAACAGCAAGGAAUCAUUCACGCAGGCUACAAUCAGGUUACGCCCCCCAGCUUCGGCGCAGAACUUGACAAAUGCAAACAGCAAAAACAAAUCAACCAAUGACAGUUGUAAACUAGAAGAUUCAGUUGUGACGUCAAAACCAUCGGCUUCAGCGUUAGUGACUGCAAUUGUAACGACCGACGAUUUGGGUGACGAAGAUGUCGGCGAAACAAAAGUUACAGCAAACGAUGGGAAAGAGCUUCAGGUCACAGCCACGAUACGCAUAAAACCAAAAUGCGGUACAAGUAAAAUUCCGGAUAAAGAAAUAAGGAAAGAAAGUGGAAAUAACAUCCCUGAAAACAGAAGUGUAAUGAACGAUAGCAAUGUAAUCGCUACUAGUAAAGCAAACAGCAGAAGCAGCAUCAGAAACGUAAAGCGUAUAAAUGAUGACGAGUUUGAAGAAGAAAACCAAAGUAAAACGAACAGUUUUCAUAACUAUCAAACGGUUGACACAAACAAUGAUAAAAUCGUGAACAACAGCAAUGACCAUGGAUAUGAAAAGAAGGCUUUGGCAGUUAAUGGCGUGAGUCACGCAUCAAACACCUAUGCCCUUAGCACCACGCAAAAUGAAUACAAUGAUUCAGAAAAAGAAUGCAAUAUUGAUCAGGCCAUGAAUCUUCGGCACAGUGUGGACUUGCACAACACUGUCAAAUCAUCACGAAAUUACCAUGACCAAUCUACUACGGAAAAGGAUACUUCAACAUCGUCGUCUAGAUUGUCCACGUCACUUAAACCCAGUUAUGAGCGAUUGUCGGACGCUAAUGAUUCAUCACGCACCACUAAAGCAGGUCUUUGUGGUUUGUGGAAUAUCGGGAAUACAUGCUUCAUGAACUCUAUGAUUCAAUGUCUCAGUCAUACUCGCGAGCUUACAUCAUUUCUUCGAAGUCAACCAUCAACCGAAUUAGGUACAAACAAGGACCACCGCAUACUGGCAGAAUAUACAAAAUUAAUUAAAAAUAUGUGGAGUGGAUCACAACGUAGCAUUAACCCGUCAGAUUUAAAACAUGCUUUCUCUAGCAAACACCGAAUGUAUUCCGGGUCAGCGCAACAAGAUGCUCAGGAAUUUCUAAGGUUUUUCCUUGAUUCAUUACACGGAGCAUUGAACGUGGCUGUCAAGCGAGAUCCUUUAGGUGAAAUCGAUGAUGCAAUGAACAGCCGGGUUAAAGCAGAUAUGCUUUGGGAAUGGUAUUCAAAAGCUGAAAAUUCAGUCAUAAAAGAUUUAUUUGUUGGACAACUAAGAAGUACUCUUAAGUGCACACAUUGCGAUACCGAGAGUACGAUGUUCGAUCCUUUCUGGGAUUUAAGUCUACCACUGCCCACAACAAAUUCGCGAUGUAAACUUGAAAAUUGUCUCGAAAUGUUUAUAAAAGAAGAGAUCCUCGACGGUAUUGAUCAGCCCACUUGUUCUAAUUGUGAAACUCGACGAAAGUGCACUAAAAGCUUGACAAUUGAACGGUUCCCGCGGUAUCUCGUGAUUCAUCUAAAACGAUUUUCAGAAACUCGAUUCAGCAAACUAACAAAUACAGUAGAAUUUCCAACAAAGAAACGGGAACUGAAUCUUCAACCGUAUGCAUCUGAAGAUAUUUCUGGGCCCGUUUACUACUCCCUGUAUGGAAUUUCGAAUCACAUAGGGUCUACUGCUGGUGGUCAUUAUGUAGCGGUAUGCAAGCAUCCAACAAUUCAAGAAUGGAAUGAAUUUAACGAUAACUACGUCAGCGAAACAUCUGAAGGAAAUUUAGUAACUUCGAAUGCGUAUGUUUUAUUUUAUGAACGAGCAUAA